AUGUGGACAGGCGAGGUCGAGCAAAAUCCAGCGCAUCAGCAAGAUGCAUCUCGGUGCUUGGGCAUAAUGCUGGAGUAUCUGGAGUAUCGAAACAUCAUGCCAUCGAAAAUGGACAUUGCGCUUAUGACGCUAAUGUUAAAUCCGAGCCUUGCAACCGCGCUCCUUUCAAACCAGGGUGAAGCUGAGGCUAAAAGGUUUGAUGACCUUUGGGAAGAAACCCUUCAAAUUGUGGACUUGAAAACUGCAGGCUUGUUGGAGGUUGGCAAAGACUACGAGGUUAGAUUGAUUCACCGAUCGGCAUAUACGUUUCUGCGCGAGUCUGCGCUAGCACAACAAAUUCUGCACACGGACAAAACGAUGCCAAAGCAGCGACAACCUGGACUUAUGAGCGGUCUUUUGGCCUACAUUCUCAUUUGUCGCAAGCGCAGAAACGGCCCCGAUAGUGACGACUCCGAUAGUGACGGCUCCGAUAGUGACGGCUCCGAUAGUGACGGCUCCGAUAGUGACGGCUCCGAUAGUGACGGCUCCGAUAGUGACACUUCAACCCGUCCCGUGGAUGCCGAUAACGUUAGCCACCAGAGCGUUAACAGCCCGACAGCUCAGCUACGCAGCACUUGGUUGCCACUUAGCUUCAAGUUUUGUCUUUCUCAAGAAAUUCCGUCAUGUUGCGAGUUUCUGGUGCCUUUACAACGCUACACCAGAGACUGGCAGUCGUCUGACAGCGAGGUUUGUAAUCUGCUUUCACUCGUUCAAAUCGUGUAUAGAAGCUGCCGAUGGACUUGGGGUCCGUGUCUGAUUACAUUUCGGGGUUUGUCUGGUAUACCGUAUCGGUAUAAAACAUAUGAUCCUGAUUUUAUUGGUGCCGCUGCAUCUGUGGGCUUCUUUGACUAUGUCUGGGCGUCGAUGAAGGAGUUUUACGCUACUUCACCCACCGGUUUCGACCCCUGUCGAUAUUGCGGCUGA